UCUUGUGGUUAGGUCUAGCGCGUCCACGCCAGCAAAUGCUGCCAAACCUUUGCGCGGUUAAUACGGGGCUUUAGACUGUUAAGCCCGGCGCACACAGAAUUUCACGUGUGGACUUUGUUCACUGCAUUGCGAGGCCAAAAACUCACAGCUCAAGCAGAAAAGAAUUUUCCCUCAGUUGCUCGUGAGACGUAUUUCGUUCGAUUGACUUCCGCUCACCGAGUGUUUUGCCUUGCGAGACAGUAAGCAAAGUGCACGCUUAAACUUUUCCUCACUCAUGAAUAACAAGGUACCCUGGGUACCAUAGCCUCCACACUUCUCUUGUCCAGUGACCAGUGAAAUAACAAGGUAGGUUAACCAAGAUCAACGCUAAUCAGGAGAGCUGCGCAAAGGCCAUUUGACAUAGAUGGACCAAACCGGUUAUUUACCUUUGCGAUUAUUACUAGCGGGAUUUGAUGUGAGAUUUUCCGGCGUUUAUUUCGAGAGAGGUAAACAACAUAAGACAGUUUAAAUAUUAGAACUUGUGUCAGCUUUUUCGAAAGCUUUUUAAAAGUUUUGAAAAACGUCUUUGUUUCAAAUAUCCAUUAGCUUUUUCGAACGAAGGAACGAUUUUAAUUAUCAGUCAACUAUAUUUUUAAUUACAUGAAAAUAGUAUAAUAUCCUUCAAUAGAUGGUUGGCAAUUAACUUUUUUUUACUAUAAGCAAACAAAAAGUUUUGCUUUAUUAGCUUUUGCAUGUGAUAUAUAUGCUGGUUUGCAGACCCAAUUGACAUUUCCCCUCACACUUAUCUUGCCUAUGAGGAUAUGAAAGUUUCAUUCUUGACUUUCACAGGGCGUGCGUCCACCUGUCUACCGUUUUCUCUUCUCUCAAGGAGUCUCCACUAGCCCUCACAGUAGCUCUUUAUCCUCGGGAUAAGAGAGAGUCGUGAAGUGCCCCAUACAACAAGGAAUACAUUUUGGUCUGCAAGCUGCCGGCGUUGAGAGCCAAGAGAUUAAAAAGGACGGAAACCGCGAACACCAUCAAAAAUUCACCAAAAAUCAAUUCUACAAUGUAUUCUUAGUACUAAUUCAAGGGGUAAAGGCAUAUUUUUUUCAAAGCUUGAGUGAUAGCACAAGUUUGAAACCAAUGACUUUGUAAGAAUUUACUAAACACAAUUGAAGAGCAGUGGGAGCAAAAGAUUAUGUAUCAUCUUCAAGUGAAGAACUCCUCCAUACAAGGUGGCUCCAGGAAGGAAUGCUCUUUUCAGUUCGCAAAUGGUGUCGCUGUUAUAUCAGUUAACGCUCUCUUCGCCUUCCUAGGAAUAAUUGGCAAUGCGCUAGCGCUGGUCACCCUGUGGAAAACGCCUCGAUUUCGCGCAAGUGUUAGUGCAAUGUGCGUCGGUGCGGUCGCCGCAACUGACCUGAUGACGUCACUUUUCGUGCAACCAUCGCUAGCGAUUUUUAUUGGAAUUCAAGUUAAUGGGAAAUGCGGCGAUAAUUUAUGGCCGGUGUUGAAGUUUUCGGGGUUUUAUUCUUGUUGUGCGUCGGUGGUUAUCCUGUGUGCCAUGAGCGUUGAAAGGUGCCUCGCUAUUUGCUGUCCCAUAUGGCACAAGCGGAAAAUCACUGUCAAGGUCGUAAAGGUUGUCAUGAUCAUCAUCUUUAUUGCCGCUCUUUUUCCGGCGGCACCGCAAACACUAGAGCUUCCUCCAUCGCAUUUCACAUCCGGAAUGGUAAUUUCAGGUAUCUGCCUGGUCUUUAUCGUCAUCAUAUCUUCUUACCUCGCCAUAUUCUUUCGAGUUUUAAAGCAAAGUCGAACUUUCUCCCAUCUCUCAGACAACCAAAGGCGCAGUUUUUCUAAAAACAAACGCCUUGCAAGAACAGUUGCCUUGAUCAUUGGUGCUUAUUUCCUAUGUUGGUGUCCCUUAGGAUAUAGCGUUCAAGUUUCCAAGACUGAUUUCUUCACUAUUUCGAAAAUAUGGCCGGUGACGAUCGGUCUUUUUUCCUCAACCCUGAAUCCGGUGAUAUAUUUCUUUCGUGGUUCUGAAUUUCGUAAGGAGCUUAAACUACAUUUGGCGGUCUGUGUUGGACAUUGCACCAAAAACAAUGUAGCUCCCCAGAACAUAACUCCAUACAACCAGGAGCACUCGAACCAAAACAGCUCAGCAUUUAACAUAGACUCGUGAAUAUAUAUAUGGAAUAGGCCAUUCCAGUUAUAAGUUUGCGCUUGCAUAACUAUAGAAACCUACCUCAACUACCAGAAUGCAGCGCGCCCUUUUUAAGCUUACACCAAACAAAGAGCGCGCUGCAACAAGCCCUCACAGUAGCUCUUUAUCCUCGAGAUAAGUGAGAGUCGUGAUGUGCCCCAUAAAACGAGGAAUACAUUUUGUUCUGCAAGCUGCCGGCGUUGAGAAAGUUAUCAAAAAAGAACGGAAACCGCAAACACCAUAAAAGUCGUCACCAAAAAUUAAUUCUUUAAUGUAUUCUUAGUACUAAUUCAAGGGAUAAAAGGCAUAUUUUUACCAAAGCUUGAGUGAUAACACAAGUGUGAAACCAAUGACUUUGUUAGAAUUUACUAAACACAAUUGAGAGCAGUGGGGGUAAAAGAUUAUGUAUCAUCUUCAAAUGAAUAACUUCUCCAUACAAGUUAUGGCGCCAGGAAGGAAUUCUCUUUUCAGUUCGCAAAUGGUGUCGGUAUUAUAUCCUGGACGCUCUCUUCGCCUUCCUAGGAACUAUUGGCAGUACGCUAGCGCUGGUCACCCUGUGGAAAACGCCUCGAUUUCCGCUAAAUUUUAAAUGCCCCAGGCCACCUCAAGGCAAAAUUCAAGAGAUUUGCUGACGUUCACCUAAAGAACACUAGCCAAGCAAAGAAUGAUCUAGUGCUGCCGGGAAUAAAACACAGAGAGAGAGAGAGAACAUUUGAGUACCGGUUGGAGUACAGUGAGACAAAUUCCGGAACUCGCUUCAACGGCGUUAGCCAGGUUUUUUAACAGGAGGGGGCCCAUACGGUCCUUUCAAGGCAUUUUCUCCUGUAUUUUAGGUAAUGUUCCAUGCAGUUACUGUA